AUGGCAGCCAUAGGAAGGGAUGGCAAUGACCAGAUGUUUCCUGUGGCUUGGGCAGUGGUGGAGGGAGAGAAUAAUGACAGUUGGGCCUGGUUUUUAACAGAGGUGAAGAAAUGUUUGUUGUUGAAUAAUGGACAAGGGUUGGCAAUAAUCUCAUAUGAGACUUGGGGAGUUUUGCAAAGUGCAGAGCACAGACAUUGUGCUAGGCAUAUAUAUUCCCACUGGCACAAAACAUUCAGAGGGGAUGAGUUCAAGCAGCUGUUUUGGAAGGCUGCUAAGACAUACAGUGAGCAAGAUUAUGAUGAUGCACUUGUAGAUAUGGAGAAGGUUAGCCCUGUAGCUGUUUUAGCCUUUAAAAGACACAACCCUAGAUUAUUUUGUAGGCACAAAAUGAACAUAGAUACAAAUGUUGAUUUCAUUGUUAACAACCUAGCUGAAAAAAUUAAUGGUUGGAUCAUAGAUGCUUGGACUAAACACAUUCUUUACAUGCUAGAAGAUAUUAGAACUGCUUUAAUGCAGGGAUUAGCUGUUAAGAAGAUGGAGAUGGAAAAGAGUUCAGCCCUUUUAUGCCCUAGGAUACAAAAAAAAUUAGACAAAGCAAAAGCAUUAGCAGCUCAAUGUAGGGUAAUUCCAUCAACUGCCACUAUUUUUCAAGUCAGCCAUUUGAUGUAUUCUUUAUCAGUUGACUUAGAGAAGGGGACCAGCACUUGUAAUGUCUGGGACCUGACAGGAAUAUCCUGCUUGCAUGUUGUUGCUUGUAUAUUUUUUUGUCAUAAAAAUGCAGAGGAUUUUGUUGCAAAGUGGUACACUAGGGAGACUUACCUAAAGUCAUAUGGGGUAGCUAUUCCACCUUGUGUUAGUGAGAGAUACUGGCCUAAGGUUGACUACCCAUUAGCCCCACCCCUGUUAAAGUUGGACCUGGUCGACCUAGGAAAAAUAGGAUCAAGGACCCCUUCAAAGAUCCUAAAAAACCUGGUAAACUGA